AUGUCGAGGCUCGCAAGCAGCCCUCGAUCCUUCGACCAGGCCAAUUCUCGCAACGGGUCUCCCGAGACCAGACUGACCGCGUUCUCCCCUGAAGCGCUCCGUUCCCAGUUCGGCUGCGAGUACGGUCAGACCGAUUCCAUGUCUCGUCAGGCAGCUAGGUCCUUGGCCAUCUUUGAACGCAGUCUCGGGGAAUCCGCUCAAGCUCAAGAUCCCUUCAUGCCUACUCCCUCUACUCGCUCUUCCGGACGUGUCCAGCUUUCCCCAACUGCCUCUAGCUUCACUCCCGGCAGCUUUGAUAGAAACGCGCCAGCUUGUCCCAUGUCUUCUCCUACGUUCUUACCAGAACAGGACCCUCCCAAUCUCACUAUUCUGACUGCUACUUCUGUUCCCGAUACCCCUGGACUCACCAGUUCCUUUGUUCCCCGUGGUGCGGUUGACUUUGGUCCAAUCGGUGGUGCCAGAGUUUCCCCUCCGUUGGACUCCGAAUACGUUCUUACUCCCUAUGCCAUGUACUACCAGUUUGGCCAUUUUGAUUUUGAGAACCGCAAUCGUGCAUUGCUUAUUGAAGGAGCUUCUGCUAGCACGACUUAUACUGAAAUCUCCUCACUCUUCAAUCACAGUGAAUUCCCCAGCAUCAAGGGACCCGUCCUUAACGAGCUUGCUUCUCAUGGUAGAAUCUACGUUGGUUUUACCAACAUCCAGCAGGCAAAGAUGGCUGCCGUCAAAGCCAAGUCUUACUAUCCUAGCUGGAUCUUGCAUGGCUUGACUGCAAAGGAGUUUACCCAAAAAUUUGAACCCCAUCUUGUUGCAACUACCUCAAACUACGAGGGACAGGUCUAUGCCUCGGUCCACUACGACAACGGCAACCACCCAACUGCGGACGGACGUGCCAUCUCUCACUCGUUCAAGACUCUGCUUUCCUCAUAUGGCGACAUCAAAGCCUUUCAUAGCAUCCCCACUCAGCACGAUGACAUCGUUACCUUCCAUGUUGAAUUCAACGAUACUCGUGCUGCAGACAACGCCGUCUCUGCUUUCAGUGGCACUUCUACUCCGGGCUGCACCAUCGAUGUCAGGUAUUACAAGCCAGAUGUUGUCCACCACGCUCAUGCUCAUCACCCAUCUGAGGAGCCUGCUACUCGCACCUCUCCAACCUUGAUCAACAGCCGCUCAAUGGCUCGUCGUGAGAGCUUCGUCUCACCCAAUCCUUACAUGGAGUUGAGCCCAACUGGACGUUCCACCAUUCCUGUCGGUGAUCCUGCUGUUGCAACCUGGAAUCGUAGAUCCGAUGAAGCUCAUAAUAACUUCCGUUCUCGUCAUGGUUCUGGACGCAAUCGCCACAAUGCACACAACAACAACAUGAACCAGAACCACGUUGACAUCGAACGCAUUCGCAUGGGUCUUGACGUUCGCACCACUAUCAUGCUUCGCAAUAUUCCAAACAAGAUCGACCAGGCCAUGCUUAAUGACAUUGUCGAUGAGACUAGCCAUGGCAAAUACGACUUCAUGUAUCUUCGCAUCGAUUUCGCCAACAACUGCAAUGUCGGCUAUGCUUUUAUCAACUUUGAAGAUCCAAUUGAUAUCAUCGACUUUGCCAAAGCUCGUGCUGGCCGUUCAUGGAAUUGUUUCAAUAGCGACAAGGUUGCUGAGAUUUCCUAUGCUACUAUUCAAGGAAAGGAUUGCCUCGUUCAGAAAUUCCGCAACAGCUCUGUCAUGUUGGAACAUCCGUCAUUCCGCCCAAAGAUCUUCCACACUGGCACUGGCCCAUUAGCUGGCACUGAAGACCACUUCCCCGGCCCUGACAACCCAUCAAAGAUGCGCCGCAGCGUCGAAAAUGCUGAACAUGUAGGCUUGUUUGCUCCACGCGUAGGUCAGCAGUACCGCGAUGAACAACGCCGUCGCCGCUCGCAGUAUGACCGUGGCACCACUGCAGCCGAACGUGAAACUCACUGGGUCCGCGAAUGGCCUGCCCAUCCCGAGAGAAUGGAACAGAUCCGCUCUAACAUCAUGAACUCUUGGUAUGAGCCAACUGGCGGCAACCAUCAUCAUCACCACCACUCUGGAUAG